CGCCGGCAGCUCACUACACUUGUUACCGCUUGUCCUGAGCGCGGAGAGGACGCACUCAGGCUGAGGCCAGGGUAGAAGCCCGAACCCGAGGGAGGCAGAGAGGGACAAAGAUCGCAGCGAUACCUGUUAGAAUCCGCCCUCCAAACCACCCCCACGCCCCCCACCCCUCCAGACACACACCUCCAUCCCACCCGCCGGGAAGAGGCAGCCGGAGGUUCGCGUUCUGAGCCUAAGGCAAAAAGCUCUAGCCAUGAGCAAUCAGUACCAGAAAGAGGGCUGCUCGGAGAGGCCUGAGUGCAAGAGUAAGUCUCCAACUUUGCUCUCCUCCUACUGCAUCGACAGCAUCCUGGGCCGGAGAAGCCCGUGUAAAAUGAGGCUUCUGGGAGCUGCACAGAGCUUGCCUGCCCCGCUGGCCAGCCGCGCUGACCAGGAAAAGGCCAUGCAAGGCUCUCCCAAGGGCAGCGGCGCCCCGUUCGAGGCCGAGCUGCACCUGCCUCCCAAACUGCGGCGCCUCUACGGUCCGGGCGGGGGCCGCCUCCUCCAGGGAGCAGCGGCGGCGGCGGCGGCCGCGGCGGCGGCUGCGGCGGCGGCGGCCACCGCCACGGGCGCGGCGGGUCCCCGCGGGGACGUCCCUCCACCUCCGCCUCCACCUCCUCCUCAGGCCGCCCGGCCCGGGGAGCGUCCGGACGGCGCCUCCGGGGCCGCCGCAGCCGCCGCGGCCGCCGCCGCCGCCGCCGCCGCCGCCUGGGACACCCUGAAGAUCAGCCAGGCGCCUCAGGUGAGCAUCAGCCGCAGCAAGUCGUACCGGGAGAACGGGGCCCCGUUCGUGCCGCCGCCGGCCGCGCUCGACGAGCUGGGGGGCCCGGGGGGCGUCGCGCACCCCGAUGAGCGCCUCGGCGCGCCCGGCGGCACCGCCAGCGCCCCGGCGGCGGCGGCUGGGGCUGCGGCUGGGGCUGCGGCGGCCGGUGGCGGCGGCGGCCCGGGCGCCGAGGACGACGAGGAGGAACUGUUAGAGGACGAGGAGGAGGACGACGAAGAGGAGGAGCUGCUGGAGGACGACGACGAGGAGCUGCUGGAGGAGGAUCCCCGGGCGCUGCUCAAGGAGCCCGGGCGCUGCUCCGUGACCGCCGCCGCCGCCGCGGGCACGGUGGCCGCAGCUGCUGCAGCCGCCGCCGCCGCCGGGGCCAGCGAGGGCGGGGAGCUGUCGCCCAAGGAAGAGCUGUUGCUGCACCCGGAGGACGCCGAGGGCAAGGACGGGGAGGACAGCGUGUGCCUGUCGGCGGGCAGCGACUCCGAGGAGGGGCUGCUGAAGCGCAAGCAGAGGCGCUACCGCACCACCUUCACCAGCUACCAGCUGGAGGAACUGGAGCGGGCCUUCCAGAAGACGCACUACCCGGACGUCUUCACCAGGGAGGAGCUGGCCAUGAGGCUGGACCUGACUGAGGCCCGAGUCCAGGUGUGGUUCCAGAACCGCCGGGCCAAGUGGCGCAAGCGAGAGAAGGCUGGCGCGCAGACCCAUCCUCCGGGGCUGCCCUUUCCCGGGCCGCUGUCGGCUACCCACCCGCUCAGCCCCUACCUAGACGCCAGCCCCUUCCCCCCGCACCACCCUUCGCUGGACUCAGCUUGGACCGCCGCUGCCGCCGCCGCCGCAGCCGCCUUCCCGAGCCUACCUCCGCCUCCCGGCUCUGCCUCCCUGCCGCCCAGCGGGGCGCCGCUGGGCCUCAGCACUUUCCUAGGAGCAGCUGUGUUCCGGCACCCGGCCUUCAUCAGCCCGGCGUUUGGCAGGCUCUUUUCCACCAUGGCCCCCCUGACCAGCGCUUCGACCGCCGCUGCGCUCCUGAGACAGCCCACACCUGCGGUGGAGGGCGCGGUGGCCUCAGGCGCGCUGGCUGACCCGGCCACCGCCGCGGCAGACAGACGCGCCUCCAGCAUAGCGGCGCUGAGGCUCAAGGCUAAGGAGCACGCUGCGCAGCUCACGCAGCUCAACAUCCUGCCUGGCACCAGCACGGGCAAGGAGGUGUGCUAAAGGCUGCCCUCCGCCAUUGCGCUCCUUGGGCGCGACAGGAAAGGUCACCUCAACUCAGCACCACUCAAGACCAAAUGGAAACAGAGGACCAGCACACUCCCAAGACGGCACAGACAGAGCGCAGCCGCCGCCUUCGCAGCAGCCUGGAAGCGGACGAGGCAGCUCUUGGCGCUAAAGGACACGGCACCUCUUUCAAUGGCUGUCCCCCUGCCCCUGCCCCUGUCCCUACCCCUGCCACUUUCCAACGUCGCUCCAACUCAAUCGUCCACUCUCCCACUCUUACCUUACUGAAAAAUAACGGGGAGGGUUUCUCCCCAAGAUGCCUAGUAUUGAAGUUUAAAAAAAAAUUAAAAGCCCAACCUUCCCCACUUAGCUUUUCUUUUGAAUAGCAUUUUGGCGCUCUUAGUUGAUUUCAGCGCGGCCCAGCUACACGCCAGGGCCAGGGAAGCGAAUGCGAAUCUGUAAGAUAACUAACAGUGCACUUAAAGAAAAGGGGCGUCUCGUUCUUGUUCUCUUCUUUAUCAUACACCAACCAAGGUUUUUAUAUCAAACCAAAGGGAAAUACUCUGCUAGAAUAUGGACUGUUGAAGUCACCAAACUGUGAUUAUUGAUUCUGUACAUACCAUUGUUAUUAAAAAAAAAAAAAAAAGAACAGAGCUUUGUAUAUUUGAAAUGUUAUAACGCAAUUGCACUCAGCGUGGUAUGGUAAAAAUUUGUCCUCCUGUAGAUUCUUACUGUGUUGUAGAUACAGUAGGGUUCCUAGACAAAUAUUUAUGUACUCAAGCCCUUUAUUUAACUUAUUAACUGUAGAGGCUUCGGAAAUCUUCAAGAUAAAGGCAAUGGUACAGUGCUUUUGUGUAAUGUGUAAUUGUUAUCACUUUUCCUUGCUAUCUAGUGGAGAAGUGUCACGCUCAAAAUAAAAUAUAUAUCUAUA